GUUUAAAAGUAAAAAACAAAUACAAAAUUCAAAGUUCAACUUUUAACCAUUCAAAAAUCAUGCCAGUACAAAUACGAGCAUAUCUUGACGUCACUAUGACAACGUAAAACUUCAUUUUCGCUGACUUUGCGUAAAAUUGCGCAAAAUUAUAUGUAAAGAAAGAGAUAAACAACUAUUUAAAAGUUGAAAAAAAACACAAAGCAAAUUAAAAAAACUGCUGCCAUAACUUCAACAAACACGUCAAGACGAAAACAAAGAAAAUUCGCUAUAAAGUGGAGGCUAUAAAGAAAACAUGUUAAUGAGCGAUAAAAAAAUUAUUGGAAUUAUUUUUACAUAAUAUAUAGCAACAAUUUAAUGUAAAUAAGUGAAUUAAAAAAAAUACAUUAUCUUGACUGAGCGAAAUACAAUAAAGAGAGAGAGAGAGAGCAACAAAAUGAUCACCUUCUCAUAGAAAUAAAAAGCCGAAAGCAGUUAAUAUGAGAAAACGUGGCCAAAAGAGCAUAGAGCGCGUAUUGAGACCAACAUCUUUUUGGCUAAUACAUUUUUUGGCCUACAUUUAUUAAUACUUAAUCCGAAGUAUGGCAAUAACGACAAACGAAGAGCGACAUAAACAAAAAACAAACAAAUGCACAUUAAUAAAAGAAAACGCAGAUAAACAACAAAAGUGUGAAACAAGCGUAAGAGAGCAAUGAACAAGUGCAAAUAAUUUUUUUUAAAUAAAAAUCAAAGAGAUAGAGAGAGUAGAGCGCGAUUCGGAGAGAUCAAAGCUCAACGGAGAGUGAGUGAGCGUAGUGAUAACCCAAUAGUGAUAUUAAGUGUGGGUGGUACGACCAGACCCGCAGUAAACUCGCACACUUCCGCUUUAAUACUGGCUGUGUUUUCUAUUAACUAAAAACUGAAAACUAUAAUAUUAUAAGCCCACACAUGGCUGAUGAGAACGCCAUCGACAGCCCGCGUCCCUUUCGACGCGAGCGUAAUCUAAGCAACCGUAACUUCGCCAAACGUCGUUCCGCGCGCCGUAUCAGCGUUGAGAGUCACAGUUCAGUAGAGUCUUUUAAUCUAAGUGCGGCUGAGAGUGUAAACAACGCGAGUUCAAAUGCGAGCUCUGUGCAUGAGAGCGCAGCCAGUGCCGCCAGCGCUAGUGGCAGUCACAAUCACAGUACGACGAGUAGUAGCGGUAGUAACGGUUCGUAUUCGCUUAGUGUCGCUAGCAGUCAAUUGCAAUAUUCAUAUUCGUUACAAUCCGAUACGGAAAGUGCAUUUCAUCGUGCUUCUACGCGCAGAAUGGUACCGCCACCAUUGCCCAUAACCGGGCCACCGCUGGAUGAUGAAGAGCCUCUUGAGGACGUUGCAGCAGCAACAAUAACGAUAAACGGUGACGACACACCCACAACACAAAUGACAGACCCUGCUUUGCUGGGCGUACGACAGAAAGUGCAUCGCUUUGAGACUCUAACAGCUGAGCAACGCAUCUUGUUCAAAACCGGACGUCAUCAAUUGCGCAAACAGCAACAACAAAGCAAUACACAUACAGAAAAUGAAAUGGUUGGUGUUACGUCGGCCACGCCUGGCUUGUGGCGCGUCUUCCCGCCCGCAAUGCGUCGUUCUACGCCCGAUACCGAUAGCUCGUUGGCGAGUCGUCAGUCCGCGGCAAGCUCAUUUCACACCUCCAUCGAUGAGGAGCGUUCGGUGGAUGAUGUUGAUGAUUUCUCAGAUUAUGCUGAGGAUGAGCAUGCGCUUGCGGCGCGUGCCGAAGCGGAUGCUGCAGUUGAGUAUGUUGUGCCUGAGGAAGCACGCGAACUACGUGAGGAUGUAGUGCCUUCGCAUUUGCCGGGUUAUGUGUCAGCUCCCGCGAGUGAACAACUGGAGACUGGGUCUGUUGCAGAGUUGAAUACGGAUGAUUUUGGUAAAGUGGAGACGGUGAGACGUACUGUGAGUGACGAUUAUGCAUCCACAAUGCCGAAGAGUCGUUCGAAAAACUUACAGACAAAUGCUGAAGACAGUCCAAAGCAAGCGAGCAAAGAUUUUCCAAGAAAUUUUCGUUCAACACCCCGUCCGAAGACUGAAAUUAUUAGCACGAGAAAUCAUGCGAAUGCGCAGAAAAGUAAAUCGCUCUAUCAGCCAAGGGAGGAUCAAGAAGAGGAAACUGAGGCUGAACUACGCGAUAAGAGUUCACAGCAUAUAAAACCGAUACUCGAAGAACUCAUAAAGACGGAAGAAACAUAUGUGGAGAACUUGCGUAUCGGCUUAGAGAAUUACGGUAAUAUAUUUGCGCGUAAAGAUUUACCAAUCGGACUGCGUGGCAAGAAGUACGUGCUACUCGGCAAUGUUGGGCAGAUCUAUGAAUUCCAUGCGGAGGAGUUUCUACCAAUGUUGCACGCAAACCAAAGAGAUCUGAAACGACUUUUCGAUGAGUUUCAGCAUUAUAUUGAACAAAAUUUCUUCUACUGCUAUGUCAUAUUCACAAUGAACAAGCAACGUUCGCUCAAAUUAUGUGAUACUUAUAAAAACUAUUUUAAGCGUAUACAAAAUGAACUAGACGAUAAGUUGGGGAUUAACAGUUUCCUGGUACAGCCAAUACAGCGGAUGGCGCGAUAUCCGCUGCUGCUGCAACAAUUUAUAUCGACUCUCUUUAAACACCGCGACUUCCAGAUAAAGCCACUGCUUGAGUCAUGCUGUCGGCUUGAAAAGAAAAUGCGCACAUUACUCACAACAACAAAUGAAUCCGAAGUGAUUAACGACAUUGUCGAAUGUAAUGAGUUCAACGUCUUCCAUCAGGGUAAAUUCCGCAAGGUCAGCGACUUUACGAUAACGGAUCACACACUCCGGCGCUCCUACCGCGGCAAAGUAUUCAUCUUCGAUAAAUGUAUUAUCUAUACAGAGAUCAAGGGUAAACACCUGAUCUUCCACGGACGUUAUCCAUGCGAGCACAUUGGUAUUGUAGCGAAGACAAAACAUUUUACACUCUUCUAUGAACGACGUAAACAACAAGAGUGCGACUUCCAAGCUGAAGCGCCCGUGAUUGAGGCGUGGUUGGAGUUGAUACGUGAAAUGAUCAGUUCGUUUGUAACGGAAGAGCGUCAAAAAUUACAAGAUCGUUAUGCACGCGAAGGUGAGCAGCAGUAUCGGAAGCCGGUAAGCUUGACGCUGUUUCGCGAUUCGAAUCGUUUCAGUUCGGACAGUGGUAUUGGAAAUAUAUGGGUGUUGCCCAAACCGGAAGCUGAGUCUGAGGCAACGAAUAAUCGUACAACGUGGUAUGCUGUAAACUGAGGGGGGAACGAGUGGCAGGAAGGAAAUAAUGCAUAGAAGGAAACAUUAUUGUAUUAUUGACAAUCGGUUACAAUAUUGUGCUGAAUACUUGCGCAAUGUAAUGUUAGGAAGACUUCUCAGGAGUCUUCAAGUUGUCACAGCCAUAUUUAAUUUAACUUAAGGCC